AUGGCCGAGCGCCCAGCCCACGCGGUCGGCGGAUUCGUGUGGCCGAGGACGCUGUGGGACCUCGGCACCGAGGCUGAAUCAGAUGCUGGUGCAUUGGGUGCCGAGGCCGCGGACGUGCGGCCCCCCGGCGAGGAGGCGGAGGUGGUCGAGGCGGUGGGUGAGGCGGUGGGGGCCAUGUCGCUGCAGGCGACGGACUUCGGCUUCGACGGCAUGGAGGCGUCAGACUCGGACUCGGAGCCGGACGACGUCCCAGGCAGCGCACGCGCCACCGCGCCCCGCGGUGCCGACGCCGCAGGCGGCGCGCCCGCCAGCGCGGGCGCGGGCGCGGGCCCCGACGAGUGCGAAGGCGGCGAGGCUGCCGACGGGACGCAGGGCCAGACCAGGGCUGGGUCCUACGCCGACAGGAGCCAGGGCCUGACGUUGCAGCAGCGCCUCGCGAACAUGGAGUUUUCCGACGACGAGGACGACGACGACGACGACCCGCUGGGCAUCAAAGCGAAGGAGUAG